GUACCGAGUCCUCCAUGUACCGUUCUCUACUCCAGGUACUCCAGGUGUCGACACAGCUCGCACUCGCCCUUGCGUUUACCUUUGCCUUCACCCUGCCUUCACCCUACCUUGCCUUGCCUUACUUCGCGUCCUCGCAUCAUCCCGACCCACCAGUCAACCAGUCAACGGACGCAAGCGAGCGAGCGAGUUCUUCCUCUCCGCCUUCUCUUGUCUGCUCUGCUCUGCUCUCCAGCUGUUUCGGGUAGUGUCCGCCCGCGCCCGCGCCCGCGCCCGCCUCCGCCUCCCAAGUAGCCCCCCAAGUAGCCCCCCCAAGUAGCCUCCCUCCAAAGUAGCCGCCGUUAGAGAAAUUAUGAAGUGGAG